GCGCUGCGUUACUUUUGUAUUGUCAUAGUGUAACCGGGUGGCAACGCUAUCGGCCAAACAAAAAUCAGCUGUGCUUAGACAGUGUUUGUCUGCUUCUUGUAAAAUUUUCGUUCAGCCAUUUUUUAUCAAGUUUACUUAAAAAUAUUCGCAUUAUUUGCAUUUAAUUGUGUUCAUUGACGGCAAUCGAGAGUGCUUUGUCACAGUGUGCAUAACAAAGCUGUUAAUACAGUCGUAAAAUGGCUGCAGUGCGUUUAAGCAGCGCUGCACCCAAUUAGUGCUAACUUUAUAUGCGUAUGUGUGUGUGUUUUGGCCAGAAAAAACAACGGGCAUGGAUCAGACACUGGAGCUGCAGACGCAAACGGAUGCGUCUGUGGCUAAUGCGAGCAAUGCAGGCACAAAUCAAAACCCAAAUGAGCAACACGUGACUGAUGUGGCUGGCGUUGCUGUUGGCGCUGCAACAAUUAGCAGCAAUACAACAAGCAAUAUAACAACAACAACAACAGGCACAAGCACAACAGCUGUUACACCAACAACAGUUACACCAACAAAAAGUCCACAGCGCAGCGUUUACCAGGAAGAUGCUUAUCAAGCGACGCUCGCUGGCGGCGAUAGCAUUGAUAACGAGCCACAGCUGGAGGCAAAUGGUUCACCCGCGCAGCGUCAUUCGGCCAACCUAAGCGAAUACACUUCGACGCCGAAAUCGACGCGUAAUGGUGGCACAGCCAAUGGCAGCGGCACCACAUCGCCCAUUUAUUAUCAAAUUUUAGCCGAUGAGUAUCCCUAUAGCAUUGAGUAUGAGUCACAGUCCCCCGUGACGCAGCAGGAGCAACAGCAGCAACAAAUAACAAGCAGUUUGCCGCCGUCGCUGCUACAACAGCAACAGCAGCAGCAACAACAGCAGCGCCGCUUGGCAACAACAGAUCGCCAGAGCUACGUCUCACCGCCUGCCGCUUUGCCACCGCUCAUCAUACCACAGCGUCAAUCGCUGCUGCCCUGGGGCGCACACUCACGUAGCUCCAUUAUCAACGUGCUGCCCAGUUAUACGCAGGCCGAGAUGCACGCCCUGGCAGCGAGUGUGGCCAGCGUGGAGCUCACAGCGCCACGUCCGGGUGAAAUUGUAAUGCGUAACUUGUUCAGCGAUUUCACGACGCAGGCGGAGAAGAAAAUUGAGCUGGUCAUGCUGGAGAGCGCCGAUAAGAAUCUCUCGAAGCUUUUGCAACGCGGCGAGGAUCCGCAAUUUGAUCAGCUGUUGUCUGCGCUGGGCUCUGUGGCUGAGCAUUGUUUGCCCUCAUUGCUGCAUACGCUGCUCGCCUGGCAUCGUCGCCAGCUGUCGGAUAUGGAGAUUAAGAAUGAUUUGAAAAAACCCGCCACAGGCAGCAGCGUGCAGUCCAUAAACAAAUCAAGCGUCGAUCUGGACUUUCAACUGCAGCGUCGCGAGGCCGCAGUGGAGUUUAUAUUUUGUCUGGCUUUGAUUGAAAUACUUAAGCAGCUGCCUUUUCAUCCGGGACAUGAGGAUCUGGUGCGCAGCAUUGAAAAUUUGGCGUUCAAGCACUUCAAGUACAAGGACGGGCUGCAGAACAAUCCCAAUGCGCAUAACAUACACAUGAUAUCCGAUCUGUAUGCUGAGGUUAUAGGCGUGCUGGCGCAGAGUCGCUUCGCCUCGGUGCGCAAGCGUUUCAUGAGCGAGCUGAAGGAGCUGCGCGCCAAGGAGGCGUCGCCAACGACUACACAGAGCAUCAUCAGUCUGCUCAUGGGCAUGAAGUUCUUUCGCGUUAAAAUGGUGCCCAUAGAGGAGUUCGAGGCAUCGUUUCAGUUUAUGCACGAGUGUGGCCAGUAUUUCCAGGAGGUGAAGGAUAAGGACAUUAAGCAUGCGCUUGCUGGACUAUUUGUGGAAAUUCUGGUGCCUGUGGCGGCGGCUGUUAAGAAUGAAGUGAAUGUGCCCUGCGUCAAGAACUUUGUUGAGCUGCUGUAUGUGCAAACGCUGGAUGCGUCUACCAAGUCGAAGCAUCGCUUGGCGCUGUUUCCCUUGGUCACCUGCCUGCUGUGCGUUUCCCAAAAGACUUUCUUUCUGACCAACUGGCAUUACUUUCUGGCCAUGUGCUUGAGCAAUUUGAAGAAUCGCGAUGCCAAGAUGAGUCGCGUGGCCCUGGAGUCGCUUUAUCGCCUGCUCUGGGUCUAUAUGAUACGCAUCAAGUGCGAGUCGAACUCGGCUACGCACUCGCGACUCCAAAGCAUUGUCAACUCGCUGUUUCCCAAAGGCUCGAAGGGCGUCGUGCCGCGCGAUACACCGCUGAACAUAUUUGUCAAGAUUAUACAGUUUAUAGCGCAGGAGCGUUUGGACUUUGCCAUGCGUGAGAUUGUCUAUGAUUUGCUGUGCGUUGGACGCUCCAUCAAGGUCAUACUCAAUCCGGAGCGCAUGAGCAUCGGACUGCGCGCCUUUCUGGUUGUGGCCGACUCGCUGCAGCAAAAGGAUGGCGAGCCGCCCAUGCCGCGCACUGUGCCGGUGCUGCCGUCGGGCAAUACGCUGCGUGUGAAAAAAACUUAUAUCAAUAAGAUGCUCACCGAUGAUACGGCACGCAGCAUUGGCAUGUCCACAUACUUUCCGCACGUGCGACGCGUGUUUGUGGACAUUUUGCGUGCGCUCGAUGUGCACUGCGGUCGCCCGCUGAUGAUGACAAAUACACAGAAUCAGAAUAAGGAACCUGACGAGAUGCUGUCGGGCGAGCGCAAACCGCGCAUCGAUUUGUUUCGCACGUGUGUGGCGGCUGUGCCACGUUUAAUACCCGACACGAUGACAGCCCAAGAGCUGGUGGAUUUGUUGUCACGCCUAACGGUGCACAUGGAUGAGGAGCUGCGCAUUUUGACGCAUCAAUCGCUGCAGACGCUGGUCAUAGACUUUCCGGAUUGGCGUCAGGAUGUCGUGCACGGUUACACACAGUUUCUGGUGCGCGAUGUCACCGACACCUAUCCGCAAUUGUUGGAGAACUGCACGCGCAUCUUGUUUAACUUCCUAAACAUUUGGCGCUGCGCGAUUAAUGUUAACGGCGCCAACAGCAACAGCAACAGCAACAACAGCAAUGCUAAUAACAGCGGCGUGCCUGUUGCGGGCGCUGGCGCCAGUCUGCAGGCCACACAGCCCAAAGUGGUGCCCACCAUCAGCACAGCUGUGGUGCAGGCCACACCUGUGGCGUCCAUAGCCGCCGCCGGCAAGGACACCACCAGCAGUCAGCUGUCCAAGCAGCAGCAUUUGAAUACCGCCAGCAGUGCCGCCUCUAGCAUUACCACCUCGAGCGGCAUGUCCAGCAUAACACAGCACACUGUACUCAAUAUGGUGAACAAUGAUGCGAACAAGAAGAAUGAAAUUCCUCUGGUUACCACAUUGCAUUUUGUCGAGGGCUUUGCGCUUGUUCUGCUCUGCAAUUAUCGCCCCUACUUGCGCAAGCUGGCUGCUAUGAUCCUGAAGGAGGUGAAGAACCUCAUGCGUGCGCUGGGCAUACCCGAAACGGAGCCACCGCUUAUCGAUGUCAUGGACCGCUGCUGUCCGCAGAUUAUAGAGAAAUGUCUGCCGCUGCUGCCGCAGGCAGAGAAAACGGCCAUACUCAAUGCCAAUUGCAUUGAUCUGCAGUGGAUAGCGGAGCGCUCCAGCGGCGUUUGGCUGGCCACCGAUGACAAUUCCAAGUCGUCCACUUCCACGCUAAAUCUAUCGCAGGCAAGCUCGUCGGCCGCUGCUGCAGCCAACGCCGCUGCUAGUAGCGCACAGCCACAGUUUGAUCCUUGGGCUUGCUGUCUAUUCGGUUUCCUGGAGCGGCAGCGUGUGCUGCAGCAGUGUCCAUCGGCUGUGGCACAGGCCUGGCCCAUUUGCUAUGCGCGCCUCAAUGCGCUCUACAGUGUGAUAGAUCCCACUCCUGUCAGCGACAAUCGCGCCUCAUUGCUGCGUGGCUCAGCGCCAACAAAGAAAAUGCCCACCGAGAGUCAAAAGGAUUCGUACAUGCGGCUCUGGCGCAAUCAAGUGGCAUGUGCCAUGCGUCUGGUGCCACAAAUACCCAGCGUAGCUGUGCGCUGCGCCUCGCCAGAUUUAAGCUUGAGUUUACAAGAUCAAUCGGACUCACGUUCGCUAUCCGAUUCCUUGGACAAUAUACCAUCAAAUGUCUUUGGGCCCGAGGGAAUCGUAACACGUUUCACGCUCCCACUCUCCUAUGGACGCAAAGAGGCGCGCCAGAAACGACUUGGCUCAUCGCCGGAUUCCCUCAACGCCGAUCGCAGUGACAAAUCAGCCAUGGGCAGUGCCUCGCCACAGGCGCUUUAUAAGCUGGUGGUGCCGCUGCUGCGUUGCGAGGCAAACGAUGUACGGGAUGCGGCCGUCAAUGCGUUGGGCAUGAUAAAUCACGAGGCACUUAAAGAUCUCAUGGAGGAGCUGCUGGUGUACAUACGUGAAGCAGUUGAUCGCAAGCAGGAGAAUAUGCGACGCAGACGGCGACGCGAUGCGCUGCGUUUGCAGGUGGUGCGCGUGCUGGAGAAAAUAGCUGAGAAUGGCACCUUUGGCGUCAGCACCUGCGUGUUGGAGCGUGAUACGAUGUCGCUGCAUCCCACAUUUGUGGAGUACAUUGAGGGUGCCAUGGCAUAUCUGAUUGCUGAAACGGACAAAGACAAUCUAAGCAUACGCGAGGUCAAAGCGCAUUUUUGCAAUUUCAUACGCAAAAUGAUAAAGAAUUUCUCCUUGGAAGCCUGCGCUACGCUGCUGUCGCGCGACUUGAAGCGUAAUCUAUUCAAUUUGUUUGCCUCAUGGUGUGGCAGCUUUGCCAAGCCAUUAAGCAUUAGCUCGCAAAUUGGCCAAACGCUGGAGGAGGAGAGGCUGCAAUUUAGUGCCUUACAGGCCAUGUCUGCGCUGCUCUGCUGCGGUCACAUUUUCUAUACGCCGCACUUGCAAGACGACGGCAUUAUAUAUAAAUGGCUGGAUCUGUUGCUUACCUCCAAGGAUGAGAAGAUCUAUCAACUGGCGCGAGAUACGGUGGUGCUUUUGCUGGAGUCAAAUCCCGACAUGGGACAGUUGCUGGAGUGGGUUAUCGAUCGUUGUUAUACCUCAACGCCACGCGAGGCAGACGCGUGCUUUUUGGCUUUGGCAUCCAUAUUUAGCGCCAAAUAUCCGUGUGAUCAUUACACAUCCGUUAUAACGGUAACGCUGCUUAUGACGGGAUGUCCUCGCGUGGAGGUGCAUGCAACUGCGUUGCAGCUUCUGCAAAUAUUGGACAAACGCUUCUUUGGCAGCGUUGUUGGCACACUGCACAACGACAACGAGAAAGAUGACUACAAAGUGGGCACGUUGGAUGUGCUGCUCAGCAGCGUCUAUUGUCGCUCGCAGCGUUUUCUAUCCAAGCAGCUGGCACAGCUGCGACCCGAGCUAACCAUGUCCAUAUUUUCGGAGAUAACGCAUCGUUUCCAAAGCGCUCGCGAGGAUGUGCGCGCGCUGUUGCUGCAGUGCCUGCUGCCUUGGCUGCAGAAUAUGGAACUGGUGGCCACCAGCGUGCCGCCCGCCACGCCGCUCUCCUACAUUAUGUAUUUUCCGGACUCGGGCACGCGUGGACGCCGCGAGGGCACGGGCUCCACCGAGGCAACUGAGAUGAUACUCAACAAUCUGUUGUAUAUCACAAGCCAAGGUAACAAACUAAUUUUCAUUUAACAGUUUUCGGAUGCGCAUCCGCGCGACAUUGAGGAGCUCUGGGGCACCUUAUGCCAGUUUUGGCCAAACAAUCUGAAGGUUAUACUGCGCUAUUUGGUUAUUAUGAGUGGCAUGGCGCCCACUGAGCUGCUGCCCUAUGCUAAGCGCGUUGCGCUUUAUCUGGCGCGCAGCUGUCCGGAUCGUCUGCUGGAUGAGCUCAUGGCUGAGCUGCAGACAGUGGAAACGCUCAAUUGCCUCAUUGAACGCACCGAGACGCCGCCUUUUUAUAGACUGACCAGCAUGCGCAAGGCCUCCAGUCACAGUGCCGAUGGUCAAGCUGUGGGCGGCAUAAACGAUUCGCGCACUCAGGAUCUUACCGUGGAGAAGGGCACUAUACACACCAAGCGGCAUAGCGGCGAGGAUCCCAUUAAAAUUGGCACCUGCAAAUCCGACAGUGGCAUACGCGCCUAUGCUGCCGCUGCUGCUGCCGUCACGCCCAUUUCGGGCGGCAGUCGUCCGCCGCGUGGCGCUGACAAAAUACGCGCCGCCUCCGGACCUUCGAUACUGCCACGCCCCGAGGACAUACUGAUCAAUGAUCCGGAGCUGCGUCAGGAGGAGAAUGUGGAGCUACGCAAUGCCGCCGAGGCGCCAACAAAUGCGCAUCCACAUCCGCUGCCCAUGCCGGAGUACGGCGGCUACUUUGCGCCACUCACUGAGUUUCUGCCAGACGUUAGUCUGCCCAUCAGCGGCUUUCAUCGCUGCAACGUGGCCGUCAUGCUGCUCACGGAUAUUGUAGUGGACGGCAUACCGGGCAUUGAUUGGACGCUGCACUUGCCGCUAAUGCUGCACAUCCUCUUCCUGGGACUCGAUCAUACGCGCAUCAUAGUGCGCGAGCACUGCAAGCAGCUCUGCGUUAAUCUGCUCAUUGUGCUGGCCGAGCACAACGAUCAUCUGACGGUGGCGCGCAUUUUGCUGAACAGCGAGACAAGCAAGCUGGACUUGGGACUGACGGUGCCGACUUUGCCAGUGAUUGACAACAAUUUCACAGAGCUGCAUCAGCAAUUCGAUAGCUAUCUGCUGCAUGUGAGUCCGCAGGCGGCGGCCUAUGCGCUGCAGCAUAAUCUGUCCAGCUCCACCAUAAUUGCUGCGAACCACAGGCGAAUGCAGUGGCAGCCGCAGCAGCAGCAGCAGCGGUGGCUGCAUGCCACGCCCAAUACGCUGGCAGCAACGCCCGCGGCGCUGCAAAUAAAUCCGAAUAAUACAGAGAACUCGGAGGUGCCGCUCAUCAAUGCGGACGAGCAUGCGCCACCGCAGCCUGGACCCAGCAUGCCCAUAGCGCAUGUCAUCAAAAGCCUGCUCAAGUUUCUGGCUCACGAUACGUGCCAGCCCUUGUGGAACUACGAGGACAUUACGGCCAAGGUGUGGGCAGUGAAGUCGGCGGAGCAGCUCAGCUGCUUCCUCAAGCAUAUGGUGAAAGUGUUUGCGGACAGUUAUCCACAGGCGCGCAUAGCUGAGCGCUGGGCACAGACUGCACUGCAGCUGGGUCUGUCCUGCUCCUCGCGUCAUUACGCCGGACGCUGCCUGCAGAUCUUCCGUGCUCUCAAUGUGCCCAUCAACUCACGCAUGCUGUCCGAUAUACUGUCGCGUCUGGUGGAAACAGUGGCCGAGCAGGGUGAGGAUAUGCAGGGCUAUGUGACGGAGCUGCUGCUGACGCUGGAGGCCGCUGUGGACAGCCUGGACUCGACUUUCAGGCCGCUGGAUGUGAUGAAGGACAUUUUUAAGAGCACGCCCAAUUUGAAUAACAAGGACGGCGGUCCCAAUUCCAUACUGCCUGGCAAGAAGUCGCCCUCGGGCAUGACGCCACAGUCCUCCAACUACUCCAUACCCAGCCAUGGACGCAGCACUAGCUACUCGGUUUCCUAUUGCGGCCGCAAGGCCAACAACUCGCCCUGUGACAAGCAAACGGAGCUUAGGAAUCGCGCCUCUGGCAUGGAGCUGGAGCGCAGCGUUGUCUGCAAGUUCGGCGGUGUGGGCGUGGCAGGCGGCUCCGCCUUGUCGCGCUCACGCAGCGCGCAGAGCCUCAAGAUGUUGGGCGAUACGGCCACGCAGGAUGACAAGAUGACCAUAUUGGCGCAGCUGUUCUGGCUGUCGGUCUCGCUGCUGGAGUCGGACUAUGAGCAUGAGUUUCUGCUGGCGUUGCGUCUGCUGACGCGUGUGCUGCAUCGCCUGCCCCUGGAUCGCCCCGAUGCGCGCGACAAGGUGGAGAAGCUGCAGCAGCAGCUCAAAUGGAACGCCUAUCCGGGUGUGCAUGCGCUGCUUUUGCAGGGCUGCACACAUAGCACCACCUAUGAGCCAACCAUCAUGCUGCUGGCACAGUUUGCCCCGCUGCUCAGUCUGCCCGUCUGCGAUCCCACGCAGAGCUGCGCCUUUCCCAUGAACGUGAUUGCCUUGCUGCCGUACAUGCUGCUGCACUAUGAGGACGCCAAUGAGAUUUGCAUACGCAGCGCUGAGAACAUUGCGCACGUGUCCACCGAGCUGGGCGCCAAGCUGGAGCAUCUGGGCACUGUGAUGACGCUCUACAGCCGCAAGACCUUCUGCAAGGAGUCGUUCCAGUGGAACCAACGUGCGUGGUCAAAUAUUCUGCAUGACACCUACGCCCACAUGGGUCUGCAUAUGCUCGCCUUCCUCAUCGAGGUGCUGGAGAAGGGACCGCAGCAGGUGCAGGUGCCCGUGCUGAAUGUCAUACACUGCAUGCUGCACUACGUCGACUUGUCGGCACCACAGGCGCAAACCAUCAACGCGGAUCUCUUGCGUGCCAUAGGCAAAUAUUUGGAUACUGUCAACUGGAAGGAUUCAUUGAAGAUACUCAAGCUGAUUGUAACACGCAGCUCAUCGCUGCAGGUGGUGCCACCCAGCGAUGGCAGCAGCGCCGGCUUAUCGUUCUCCUUCUAUGGCGCAUAUCCGGACUCGGAUAUGUUCUGUAAAAAGGAACUGGCCGGCCGCACCAUGGAGUUCACCUUUGACGUUUCCCAAACGCCGCUCAUCGGACGUCGCAUACUGCUCAAAACGGAGGAGCCCACUGUGGGUGGUGGUGGUGGUGGUGCCGCCUCCAACACAGGCAGCAGCUCGCUCAACUCGACUCUGACCAAUGCCACCAGUGUAACUGUGGCGCCUUCCCAGCAGUCCAGCGCACAGCUGCAGCAGCAACGUGCGCAUAGCAAUGUGGCUGCCAUUGCUGCCUCAGCAGUUGCUGCUCAGCAGCUACAGCAACAACAGCAGCAGCAGCUACAGCAGCAACAGCAACAUGUUGCUGGCUUGGGCAGCAUGGUGGGCACACCGAACUCGCCGCGUCGCAGCGCCAGCUUGUCACCAGCGGAUACGGUGCCGCUUAGCGGCUGGAAGCGUCCCUGGAUGUCGCAGUGUCGCGUGCGGGAGUGUCUGGUGAAUCUGCUGACCACGUGUGGACAGCGCGUGGGUCUACCCAAGUCGCCAUCGUCUCUGAGCACCACACUACUAACGGGAUCGAUUGCGACCAGACAAAGCGUCAUCUUCAGUCAGUCCUCGGAUCUGAUGGAACGUCAGUCGUCGGCUGCCUCGUCCACCGAGGAAACUUCUGGACCCCAAGGCGAUUUGAGCAGCGGUUCGCGUCGCGAUGAUGGUCAGCCUGACUUUACAGUCUUCAAGGACUUUGACUUUUUGGAGUAUGAGGACAGCAUUGCGGGUGAAUCCACAGACAACUUCAACUGGGGCGUGCGUCGCCAUCAGCUGUUCGAGGGCGAUGAGGAUCGUUUGAAUUGCGGCAGUGGCAUUGGUGGCUCCAUAAGGGGCGGCAACUCCUCUGCGCUGGAGGACAGCUUCAGCGACAAGACGCCCAUUUUAAGCAAACGCAAGCGUCAAACUGCAGAUGAUUCCUCCGAUGAGGAAGCCGAGUCAGAGUCGCCUUUGGAUGAUGACCAUCGCCAGUCGUUCUUAAAGUCCGGCUUUAGCAGCGUGCCGCCCACUUCGUUGAGUCUGCGUGAGCGACGUCGCCGUAACUCAGUGUCACGUAGUGAUACCAGCGGCUCCAGCGCCGGCGAUCUGGGCGACAUAACUCCCUGCAAUGCCUCGCCGCACUUGCCGGGCAUUAUACGCUUUGGUGCAGCCAUACGCGAUGAGGCGGAGGAGAACUGGCGCCGCCAGCUGCAGUCUAUGCUGGUGAAUCAGCCCUCGGCGCACACCUCAGAGCUGUUGCUGCAGCUGUACAGGCUCAUCAAGGAGAUUACCUUUAAGACAAUCAGCAUAUCCAAGGAGGCCAAGAAGUUCUUCACCGGCAUUGGCUCCCAGCUUGGAAAUCGCAUAUCGCUUUUUACCGAUUUGCUGAGCUCACGCGCUGAUCCGCCGCGUGUGUGGUGCAGCGAGCUGCAGACAACCACGCCCAAGCUGUUCGAGACGCUCCGAUUUAAUGUGCUGGAAGUGCAAGAGCAUCUGGAGACAUUCUUCGAUCGCAAGGAUCAGGUCUUAGAGUGCCUGGAUGCGGUUAAAACGUCCUGUAAACUAUCGCUCUUUAACGAAACGGACGUAGCUGCCUCUGGCUUGGAGUUGCCCAGCAGCUCCAGCAUUGCGUACAUGCCCUUUGAUCCGGCCUCCAUGGAGGUGGUGCUCGACUUGGGUCGCUCUCUAUAUAAACUCAUGUUCCAGCUGCUGUUGCUGAUUGAAUCGAAUCAUAAAAUUUCCUCGAAUGUCGUCAACCAUUUUCGUAUCAAUGAAGACAUGCAGGACAUAUCUGAUCUCUAUGCCCUGGUGCGCGAUGCUUUGGUGCGUUGCACUACAGAAGCCGAGCUGGAUUGCCUGGAGUCGUCCACAUCAACGGAAGGCGAGCAUACGCCGACGCCUUCGCCCGGCUUGCCCAUGACACAGGAGGAGUUUGAGUCGUCGCUACAUGAGCACAUAGGCCUGCAGCGCUGGUCCAGUGCCAUUUCCCAUGUGCGUCAGUAUCGACGUGUGUCUACGCUGAGCUCCGGCGAACAGAGUCUGACCAUCUUUAGCUAUGGCAAUCUGGACAGUCGCAUAAAGUUCGAUGAAAUGUCCAUUAUCUUGAAUGCCUAUGCGCAUAACGUUAUGAAGGAUCGCACAGAAGCCUUCAUUGUAUCCAAGUCGGACUCUGAGCUGUUCGAGGUGUAUGCCAAACUCUCUGAGAAUUUAUAUCAUGUCUCCAGCGCUCUCAACAACAUGGAAAUCAAUUUGAAGAGCAAUGCCAUGGGCGCUGGCUCUGGCAACUUGCAUCGCAGUGAGCAGGACAUUGUGACAAAUCUUUAAUUCUAGAGCAACUUUACAUA